AUGAUUUACUUCAGCCUCAUCACAUUAACCGCCCUCGCCACGGUGACCACAGUGAAUGGGGAUUUGUUCUCGAAGGCUACAAAAACCAAAGCAGACGAGAAGAAUCUGCAGAAUAGUGUGUUUGACUUUAUCAUAGUGGGCGGAGGUACGGCCGGAUGUGUGCUCGCUAACCGGCUGUCAGCAAUUUCUGAUUGGAAGGUUUUAGUCAUAGAGGCUGGAGAUGAAGAAAAUAUAGAUUACAAUAUCCCCGGAGUACCCACUAAGGAAUUUCGCCCUAUACUUUGGAAUUUCCGAACAGAAAGGAAUGGCUUUUCCUGCCUUUCAAGACCUGGGGGCACUUGUGAAGUCAAGACAGGCAAGGUCUUAGGAGGGUCCAGUGUCACUAAUGACAUGAAAUAUACAAGAGGGACAAAAAAAGAUUACGACGCUUGGCAUAGUAAUGGUGAAAUGGGCUCGUUAGACUGGAAGUUUGAAAACUUAAUUGAACAUUUUAAAAAUUCUGAAGACAACGGUGAUUAUGAUGUCUUGAUGAAUUCUUUCUAUCAUUCUCGUGGCGGAGAAAUGCAUGUGCAAAGAUUCAAAUAUAUUGAUCGAUACAUGGAGCUAUUCUUGGGCGCAUUCGGAGAACUAGGAUUUCGGGCUGUUGAUAUAAAUACGAAUGUACCCGAAGCCGCUGUGAAUAACCAAUAUGUCAUGUUCAACAACACUAGACUCAGUACAAAUAGUGCUUUUCUUAGGCCAGUUAGACAAAGAAAGAAUUUAACCGUGAAAACCAAGGCGACAGUAACAAAAUUAAUUAUAGAUGAACAAGAAAAAACAGUAGAAGGAGUAAUAUAUGAAAUUGAAAAAGGCAAAGAGCAAGCUGCAUAUGCUAAAAAGGAGACAAUUUUAACCACAGGUGCUAUAAACAACGUUAGAUUACUUCAUCUAUCAGGUGUAGGGCCAACAGCAGAACUAGCAAAACAUAAUAUUUCCGUAAUAGCCGACCUUCCUGUGGGAGCUAAUUAUCAAGAUCAAGUUACAACUGGAGGAUUAGCCUUUACUUUAAAUGAAGUAACGCCAUUCAGUGAAAGUCAAGUCAUAGAAGAUUUCAAAACUUGGUUUCAGAGUAGAGGGGGGCCGUUAGCUUCAAGAGGAAUAAACCAAAUAUCAGCAUUUAUUCAACUUUUCGAAAACAAAAAUGGUCCUGACAUAGAAUUAGCUUUAGAAGGGAAUUACAUCAGAAGUGACAAAUUUAUGCUAACUAAUGUAACUGUGCACACAGCUGAAGAGUCCAGCUUGCCAUUGCCAUAUUACAAUUUAGUAAUAAUUAAUCCAGUAUUGUUAAAACCAAAAAGUAAAGGUAAAGUAACAUUAAAUAAAAGAAAUCCAAAAUAUGGUCGACCUGUUAUACAGGCUAAUCUCUUAAAGGAGCCUGAAGACUUGGAUGCCAUCAUCGACAGCGUGGACAUAGCCUUGCAAAUGCUCGACACAAAAGAUCUGAAAAAGGCUGACAUAAAACUAGCUCCGCUGGAUCUGUUUCCUUGUGACAGGUUACAGAACAGAGAUCAGUGGAACUGUAUAGCGAGACACUAUACAAAAGCGUUAGGUAACCCGAUAGGCACUUGUCGAAUGGGAGAAAAUAGAACAACUUCUGUAGUCAACUAUGACCUCAAAGUUCAUGGUAUUGAAAGGCUGAGAAUAGUAGAUGGAUCAGUGAUGCCAACACAUGUUCGAGGAGGUAUCUAUAUACCAACUGUUAUGAUUGCUGAAAAAGGAACUAAACUGAUUGUAAAAGACUGGAAAGAAAAUAAGACCAACUUUUUG